GGAGGAGGAGGAGGAGGAGGAGGAGGAGGAGGAGGUCGACGUCGCCAGAGCUGGCCGCCAAAGGCCGCCGCCGAGCGGGCCCUCCAUGGCAUGGCUGCCCGAGAAGGCGGCCGCGAGCGUCCCCUGGGCGGCGCGGCAGCACGAGCAGGCCCACGCCAUCCUCGAGACCGCGAGCCGCGGCUGCAGCCGCGCGCUGCAGGGGCUCGUCAAGGCUCAAAACCGUGGGCACGACCAUGCCAAAGCACUGCAGACGCUGAAGGACGCCUUGCAGGGAACAGCGUUUGGCCAGGUGUUUGAGCCGGCCUACGUGGAGCGCAUGCUUCCCGCGGCCGAGUGCCGCAUCAUGGACGAGGGCGAGGAGCUGAGCCUGGCCGGGGCCACCGACGGGCUCUACGUCGUCGCGGAGGGCAGCGCGGAGGUCGUCGAGGGCCCCGACGCCAGCACGCGGCCGCUGGAGGUCACCAUCCGCAGCGCGCAGGGCCUCCCGGGCGACUCCGUCACGGACCGCCUGGACCCGUACGUCGUCGUGCUCUACAGCUCCAAGCAGGAGCAGACGCACGUCGCCAUGGACGCGGGCCCCAAUCCCAAUUGGAACUGGUCUAAGGUCAUCCCGUUUGGCUACGAGAGCGAGAUCGAGUUUGUCGUGAUGGAGCACGACACGUUCUCCAGGCACGACCUCCUCUGCCGCGGCCGGAUCGGGAUCUCCGAGUUCGAGAAGCAGGGGUUCGACGGGACCGUGCAGCUCGACAUCCCGGAGGACGCGCGGGGGCAGACGGGCGACAGCGCAGGCGCG